CUUGUAAAAAGAUUUCUGAAAUCACUUUAGCAGAGAAUCUGCAAUCAAAUACUGAAUUUGCAGACACCAAUUUUAAGAUAUAUGAAUCCUCUGAUACUUUACGAUGUCUUUUAGGUAAUAAAUAAAAGACAUCACAUUGCAAUUGUUUGCCUCAGAUUACUGCAGCGAGACUUUUGUCCAGUACAGAAUUGUUCAAGAUUCAUUGUUCAAUAACUGAAUCAGCACAGUUCAGAGAUAAUUCACAAAAGUCACAGUCAAAGUGUUCUUUGGUCAUAAAUUAAACAAACCAAAUUCCUUCUUUCCUUCCUUCUGUCCUUUGUUCUCUGGUGAUGUUGCUAUUUUCUUAAACUUAAAUAUGUCUGGAAUAAACAAUUUGGAUUAAUUCCUCAUCUUGAAGCCUUUUCCUUCUGCCCUUAGAGCCAAACUCCAAGAAGAGUGGAAAGAGAUUCCCUUAAAUUCACGAUUUUGAGGCAAGAAAAUGUGUUCCAGGCAUUUAUUGCAUGUUUGGUUCACUGUUAAAAUGGCUCUGUAUGGUGGAAGAUUCUCCUCUGCUCCUGUCUCCUCCUUCAGCUGAGCAAUAAUGGGGAGACAGGGCUGUGAAGUCACAACCCACAUUGUGAAAAGAGAUCCCAUCCAUCAAACUGUCACCUUGGUUUUCUCUCCAGGGUCACAGAGGAACAAAGUCAGCUUGUGUCAGGUUGAAAUAGCAUUGGUAAGUGUUAGUGUGUGUGAAGCUGGUGGCUUGAAGUCUAUUUAUUUUGUUUGAAAGGCUCAAACAGCAUGCUGCCAAGCAGAGGAACGGGCAGGAGGAAGUCUCCUUAUAAAUUAUUGCUGGAAGGCUCACAGCCAACAUUUAAGAUGUGAAAUUAUGCCAUCUGCUUUUCUAGGUCUUUGAUUUACUUUGUGGCAGCUGCCUGUUUCUGAGUUCUUUGCAUCUUUUGGACAAGUAAAACUUGUGGUAAAAACUAUUACGACAUCAGUGUUUCUUUAACAAAGAUUUAAAGCUUUCUUGAAAAGCAGAGGCUAUGCAGGGGAUGUUAUCUCAAUAUCUAGCUCAUGUUUUCAAGAUAAUUUGUAUUAAAAAUAUUAUCUCUUUCUACAUAAACUGCAAAUGAAGAUAGAAUCCUUUUCUUAUUGUAAAAAAUGCUCGUUCUGAUUUUAGCUAUCAGAAGCAUUUCAGGGAGCGCCAGUGGUUUUUUAAUAUGGUGCCUCAUAAUGUUAUUGAUUGUGUGUCUGUUGGGGUCUCUUUUCUUAUAAUUUUGGUAUUGAUUUUCUGGGGGACCAUCUUUGUUGGGUUUUUUUUUGCUGUUUGAAAUAUUCAAGAUUUACUUGCAAAUUUUUUGUGAAAAAAACAAAAACAAAAAAACAAAACCAACAAACAUCUAAGGCCCAACAAGAGCUUUAGGAAGUCACGUGGCUAAUUUUUAAAAGGAGAAAAAAAAAAAGCCUAAUUACUUCAGUGCAGGCUAACUGAGAUGCACGUGGGGAGACUCUUGCAAGCACCCAGGGGUGUUCUCCUUUCAGAAAUGAGUGUCUGCGAGGGUGAUGACUGGAGAUGGGCACUUUUCCGUGCCUCGUCCCGUCGUGCCGUGUCGGGGCUGUCCUGCCCCGGUGCCUGGCACACCGGGGGCUGGCUCCCCUCCCUGGGGAUGCUUGCGGCGGCGGGGCUGGGGCUGAGCGCUGGCAGCAUCUCUGCUUCCCCCACCCCCCGGAGGAUCGCUCCCGCUGAAGUCAUUCGGUGCGCGCUGCUUUUCCCUGCGCGAGGAUUAGGGACUAGGAGAAUGGCUUUGUGAGGAAGCUCGGAGAGUGGGAGCUGAAGAGAGGCCGAACAGAGGGGCCGAAAGACUUUAGCCUUUCAUAGUUCUUUCAGUCAGUUCAUUCUCAGAGACCAAUUGCAUGCGAUACGGCAGCUGGGGGUUUUGUUUUCCUUUCAGCUGUGUACUGUAGGAGAAGCUGAUAGCUGAUCAGCUUCCCUGGAUUUCGCUGACGCCACAGGAAAGCUUUGCCUGAAGAUGGAAACACUGGAGUCAGAACUGACCUGCCCUAUCUGUCUGGAGCUGUUUGAAGACCCGCUGCUGCUGCCUUGCGCUCACAGCCUCUGCUUCAACUGCGCGCACCGCAUCCUGGUCUCCCACUGCGCCACCAACGAGCCGGUGGAGUCUAUCACCGCCUUCCAGUGCCCAACCUGCCGCUAUGUCAUCACUCUCAGCCAGCGCGGUCUAGACGGGCUCAAGCGCAACGUCACGCUGCAGAACAUCAUCGACAGGUUUCAGAAAGCCUCAGUCAGCGGGCCCAACUCCCCCAGCGAGACCCGCCGGGAGCGGGCGUUCGAUAACAACAGCAUGUCGUCCUGCGAGAAGGUCCUCUGCCAGUUCUGCGACCAGGACCCUGCCCAGGAGGCGGUGAAGACCUGCGUUACCUGCGAGGUGUCCUACUGCGAGGAGUGCCUGAAAGCCACUCACCCCAACAAGAAGCCAUUCACCGGCCACCGUCUCAUCGAGCCUAUCCCGGACUCUCACAUCAGGGGAUUAAUGUGCUUGGAGCAUGAGGAUGAGAAAGUUAACAUGUACUGUGUGACUGAUGACCAGUUAAUUUGUGCCUUGUGCAAACUGGUUGGGCGACACCGUGACCAUCAGGUGGCAGCUUUAAGUGACCGCUAUGACAAGCUAAAGGAACUAACCCCACCCUGGAGUCCAGAACUUGCUGAGAAUUCAGGAGCUGUGGCAGUAUCACUCUGUAGUGCCAUGGUAGGCCAGCAAAAUUUGGAGAGUAACCUCACCAACCUUAUUAAGAGGAACACUGAACUGGAAACUCUUCUGGCAAAACUCAUUCAGACCUGUCAACAUGUAGAAGUAAAUGCAUCCCGCCAAGAAACCAAGCUGAUGGAAGAAUGUGACCAACUCAUUGAAAUAAUCCAGCAAAGACGGCAAAUAAUUGGAACCAAAAUCAAAGAAGGAAAGGUGGUGAGGUUGAGAAAACUGGCUCAGCAGAUUGCAAACUGCAAACAGUGCAUUGAGCGCUCGACGUCCCUCAUCUCUCAGGCUGAGCAGUCACUGAAGGAGAACGACCACGCUCGCUUCCUGCAAACUGCCAAAAAUAUCACUGAAAGGGUUUCCAUGGCAACUGCAUCCUCCCAGGUUCUAAUUCCUGAAAUUAAUCUCAAUGACACAUUUGAUACUUUCGCACUUGAUUUUACCAGGGAGAAGAAAUUAUUGGAAUGCCUUGAUUACCUUACAGCUCCCAACCCACCCACCAUUCGAGAAGAGCUCUGCACAGCCUCCUACGAUACCAUUACUGUGCACUGGACAUCAGAUGAUGAGUUCAGUGUGGUUUCUUACGAGCUGCAGUACACCAUCUUCACUGGACAAGCCAACGUUGUUAGUUUAUGCAACUCAGCCGACAGCUGGAUGAUUGUUCCUAAUAUCAAACAAAACCACUACACGGUGCACGGGUUACAGAGUGGCACGAAGUACAUCUUCAUUGUCAAGGCCAUUAAUCAGGCUGGCAGCCGCAGCAGUGAGCCUGGCAAGCUCAAGACAAACAGUCAGCCAUUUAAACUGGACCCCAAAUCUGCUCAUAGAAAAUUGAAAGUGUCUCAUGAUAACUUGACAGUGGAACGGGAUGAAACAUCAUCCAAAAAGAGUCACACACCAGAGCGAUUCACGAGCCAAGGGAGCUACGGAGUAGCUGGCAACGUGUUCAUCGACAGCGGGCGGCACUACUGGGAAGUGGUUAUAAGCGGGAGCACAUGGUAUGCUAUUGGUAUUUCCUACAAGUCGGCACCGAAGCACGAGUGGAUUGGAAAGAAUUCUGCCUCCUGGGUGCUUUGCCGCUGCAAUAACACGUGGGUGGUGCGGCACAACAGCAAAGAAAUCCCCAUCGAGCCCGCGCCUCACCUGCGGCGGGUCGGGAUUUUGCUGGACUACGACAACGGUUCCCUUGCCUUUUACGAUGCUUUGAACUCCCUACACCUUUACACUUUUGACAUUACGUUUGGCCAGCCAGUGUGCCCCACGUUCACGGUGUGGAACAAAUGUUUGACCAUUAUAACUGGCUUGCCUAUCCCUGACCACCUAGACUCCUCCGAGCAGCUCGCGUGACUGCUAAAAGCCAAAAGGUAGGACAGCACAUCUUCCCAGGGCGGCCAGGCGGGGACACCAGGAGCUUACCCAGAGCUGGCGGAUCCACGUGGCAUCCCAGACAAUGCUGCCAAAUUUGGGCAAAACUGACAAGGAGAGAAAAAUCUCUUCUUGUGUAUUUUGUACUGAAGGACAGAAGUGGCUUUAAUAAUUUCUUAGAACAUUUUUUUUUCAGUUGAUUUUGUUUGGUUGGUUUUGUAUUUCAUCUCUUACAGGAAGAUUUAUAAAUUAUUUAUAAAAAUGAAAAAAAAAAAAAAGAGAAAAGUGAAAGCCUAGUACGGACAUCUGGGAAAUGACUUCUUGGUUUUUUUUGGGGUGGGGUUUUUGCACAUUGGUGGUCCUGUUAAUUAAAGUUUCAUCAGCCUUUUGAAUAAUUUUAUUUUACAGUGGAUAAUAGGAGAAAAUUGGAAAGAUGAAAACUGCAUAGUGGACAAGUCAGUAUACUUCAGCUUUUACCUGUACCAACAUUAGUGGUCUCAUUACCAGCCUUGUUGAGUGUGAGAGCUCUCAGUUUCUACUUUCCACAUGGGAAUGUGCAGACCAAAAGAACAAAAAUGAGCAAGCGAGGAAGCGGAGCUCACCAACACAGCAAAAGAAUAAAGUUUAAUUUACUUCUGUUCACAGGGCAAUGCUCUCUCUGUUCAUAAAAAGCAUGUGGAGUAUCUCCUAGAAAUGUGAGUGGAUAAAUCAUCUGGUGAUUUAUUUUAUUGAUGGCAAUAUUCCUAUCUACCAGUGCUUCACUUUUGUCUUUGGGAAACAUUAUAGAAUCACUGAGGAUGUGGAGGACCGAUACCAUCUCUGAGAAUCAGCAGCACUGGAGGAGAACAGCCAAUCCAAGGUCUGACUGUAGACUAAUUUGAUAAAGCACGGCAUCAUUUAAGGAUUGAUUGUAAUAGAAGAUGUCACAGUUCUGAUGGCAGACAUGUGAAUGCUUAUUGCUGAUUUUACAAGGUUCAACAUAGCAAGCCCAGCCAACAGCUCGGAAGUGAGGCAUGCGCCACUUUACCAUUGGUUUCAAAUGAAAUACAAAUGUUUCAUUGUCAUACACUGUGUUGUGUCUAUAACAAAGCAAGGAAAUCUGUUUUGCAUAUGCUGUAUGGAGAAACACUGCAGCUGGAGUUUGCUCAUAGUUAUCGUUGUCCCAGGUUGGUUGGGAAAGCACAGUUCACUUUGCAAAUGAAAAGUAAAGAGUAAGCUUUCAGCAGCAGUAGAAAUCUGCAUAGGGAGACCCUAUGUUCACCCUGGUGUUGGUAGAAGAGCUUCAGUGAAGGCAAUAGAGGUUCUAUGUACUUUAUCUCAGAGCUGAAUCGGGUGCAUUUUUUUUAUCUUUCUCUUUACAGAUAAAAGCUUUUUGUAAUUAUUGCAAUGCUUAUGUAAAAAUGAUCAUUUUUGGGAAAUGAUUGAGGCAUAUGACAACUUUAAAAGAAUGGUUUUCCUACAGUGUUUUGUUGUUACUAUGCAAGUGGUGAAUAUCUGCCUGUGUAGAGCAAAGAUAAAUUGAAUAUCAGCUUUAAAGAUUUGCUCAGUAAUUUAUAAUAAUGCUUUAGGUGUCUUUUGAAAAAGAUGCCUUAAUGCACUUUGUUCAGUAAUGGGUCCAAAAUAAAAUGAUCCCAAGUUCAGCUUCAGAUUUUUUAAAUACUGAUAUUCCAGGUACAAAGCUCUACUGCAGUUUGCCUUAUGAUGAUAUAAAAAAACUUAUUAACAACUGGAGGAGUAUACGUACAUGCCUGUUUGUUUGUUUGCUUGGGUUUUUUUAAUAGAAAAGAAAUGCCUUUCCAUGUUUCUUUGAUUUCCCUUUACAUGCCCUGCUAACUGCUGAAUUAAAUGGAGAAAAAUAAUUAAAUGGAGAAAAAUCUGGCAGUACAUUGCUGAUACCAUGCUGAUACCAUGGCUUUCAGCUGGGCAACAUCCCUUAGGUAGUUCACAGGUAGGAGCCACUGAUCUUUCCCAAGUAGACAUAAAAAGGCGAAGUGUGUGCAUAUAGUGACCUCACUGUCUAUCAUAGUGUCAUUAACAAUCAAGAAACGUAUACCCUCAAAACAAAAAAAGUAAAUCUGUCCCCAAGCAUCACAUUUUAAAACUGAGUACAAUGCCAUUGAUACAAUCUGAUAUACAAUGCCCAGAUGAUCUGGCCUGGGAUGUUUGGGAGAGAUGUUAGCUGAGAUGGUAUGAAAAUUUUGAAAAUAAGUUGACAGAAGAUGUCUGAUGCAAAGCAGUGAUAAAAUGAUGCAUGAAGAAAGGACUUUUAUUUUAGAGUUAUUGCCAAGUUUCUGCCUAAAAGGAAAGAGUGAAUUACCAAAGUACAUGUAGGAAGGCUGUGUAUCUUCUCUUUCGCAAGAAAUAUUAGAUCUAGAAGCUGAUUUCAGUAGUGGAUAAACUGAAAACACUGCUCAGUUUUUGGUUAUACAAUAUUGGCAGAGACUGAGCUGGAUGGAAAUAAUACCAUGGAUUUGGAGAGGUCCCAAAUGAUUUCACAUAUUUUCAUUGUAAAGAUAGAGCAUGAGUCUGAAGACAGAUUGUGGUUUUGGCCAAUGGAAGAAGGAUGGUCUUUCAUCUACAUACGUUGCUGUAUCACCUUUAUUUUAACACAGAAUACUUCAUUUGGAGCUAAGCCACGUUCCUCCAAUGUCCUAUUAACUCAGUCACUACUGACACUAGUCAGUACUUGUGCAUAUAUGUACACAUAUGUAUGGGUAUACACACACCAGCAUAUGCACAAAUAUAGUGUAUAAUUUGUGUAUACACACGCAUAUGUAUAUACACAUACAAAGUGACAGCAAUUAGUCAGAUGUACCUUUUUGCUUGUUUCUUGGAAAAUUUCGUAUGCUGUAUGACAAUGAGGAAACAAGUUUGCUAUGAAUAGUAUUCUUCUGGACAUUUUUUAACAAACAAAAUCUGUUUAUUUUACAAUACUUGAUUCAAUGCCUGAUUAAUCAAUAAAAAUUCCAUUUGAAAAUGUAGCUUCUGUGGUCUGUGGCAUUUUGCAUGGUCCAUAGUUAUGAAUUGGAACCCGGGGGAGCAAGUAAUCCUUGUACACAAAUAAAAUAUGGUAUUUAACGUAGCAUGCAGUCUUAGAUGAGGAUUUUUCCCUUUUUUUUUUUUUGAAAGUUUUGUGCCUAGGAAUGAGGUAACAUUGUAUAAUGCUGUGUUUAACAAAUGCAGAUUUUUGAGGAAUAAUCUGCUGAGAUGCAAGGAAGGACAGUGGUAGACAAAGCCUGUGUUGGUAUAAUAAUUGUUUCAAAAGUGGACUUAACACCCAAUUAGGGGUUCAGCAGAAUUAGAGAAAACAAUAACACAAUCUCUUCAGAAGAUAGUAAAACUCAGAGUAGUGUUGAGCUUGUGGAAAUGAAAGGGUGGGGGACUAUUUUUCUCUGAGACCAGAUAAGAUUUUCCAUGUGUUUGACUUUUAUGUGUUAAUGCACACCUAAUAGGAAAAAAAAAUCGUUCUGAAAUGGGCUAUAUGUCAUAAAUUAUUUAGUAGACUGUCUCCAGUCUACUGUAUUUUCCCAUUGUUGGCUUUCAGAGAGCAAUGAAGUUGCUGAUUUUUCUGCCAUUAGUUUAUUUUUUAUGAGUUUUGGGUAUCCCAUUUUUUCAAUUGCUCAACAAAGAGACUGUCAGUUAGCAGAGGGUCCCAAGGGUUGGAAGCAUAAAAGUCUCUCAGGUCUGGGUACACUGUGAAAUGCAGGAAAUCUGUAAGUACAGGUGAAAACACAUUUUUCAUUAUUUUAGCAAUAGUAGGUCACUAAACCAGUGUGCAUCAUCUGUUUUAUUCCUGUGUCUUAAUUGCAAACAUUAUAUUCUUCACGCAUUAGAAAACGCAACAGGACACUAUUGAGAGCACAAAUUAAAAUGUCAGCUCAUUAACCAGUUCAUUUUGAGACAGCCAGCCUUUAUAGUGCCAUGAAGGACUGUGGGAGAUUCCAUUAAAAUAUUUUUUAAUAAUACAGUACAUAUUUCUUUUUUAAUUGUUCUUAUAAAACAGAUGUCUAGUAGUUAGCAGAUUCUGCUUUCAGCUGCAGCAGCACAAUUUUCAGAUAAGCCCAUGAAACAAAACAAAGUGAGGAUUGCUAGCGGCUCUCAUCUGUGUCACCAAAACUGAAGGUGCUCAUUUUAGUUGGAAACAGUGUUUUAGUUUGUGGUUGAGGAGGGAGGAAGAGCUGACCCACACAGGAAGAGCACAGCAGCACCUCAGUGACUGGCCAGGGCACACCCAGCCUGAAGGGUGGGGCAGUCUUGGGAAGCUGGUGAUAAACAAAAACAUGCACAAGUUGCUUAUGGAGUGAUGUGGUGGGACUUUAACUGUUACACCAUUUCUCAUGUAUUUUCACAUACUGAUCUUUGUAAUAGUGGAAGUGUGUCUUGAGAUAGAGGGAUAUAAAAUACAGUAUUUUCCUGUCUUACUGCGUUGCUUGCCCAUAUAGAAAUGAGCACAAUGUUUUUGUCUUCUCCACAUUGAGGAAAAUCCAGCUCACUUCCAAGUGCUGAUGCUGAGUUAUUUGUAUUUAAUAUGUUUUCUGAAAUUAAAGAAACCCUCUUAACAUUUUAACUAUUGAUUUAGUACUCGAUAGAGUAAAAAAAUAGGAGACUAAAGAACAAUGAUGUUAACAAUGCUUUCAGUGUGGGCUAGACUCUUGGUUUGGACUGUGACAUUUAGGGCAUCUGUGUACAUAAAUCAAAUCUCUGUGCCAGAACACAUUAAAUUGUCAUUCAUGUGGGAGUUGAACAGUGCAGGUGCAAGUGUUUUCUUCUGAGGUAGGCUUUUGCAUUAACUCACUCUUUGAGUGGAAUAUUCUGUUUCUUUAAUUUUUUUAAGUGGUUUUCUGAUUCAAGUGCAGGCCCAGUUAAUGAGACUGUAAAUAUACAAUCAUUCAUCAUGUUACUAAUUUUAGCAAGCUCUGCCAUAUCAUGUGCCUCUGGCAGAUUGCUGAACACCUCAGCUGCAAUCAUAACCUUUACAGCCUCAGCUCCAACAUGAGGACUGAUGCUUAAGAUGUUGACCAAGUGUGUGGCUUUCCCAGGUGGGAUUCAUCCUGCUUUGAGCAAGGAACUCCAGCACAAAUCAUGAUACCAGUUAAAGGUGAGGGACACAUAUAUUGCACAAGGGUGAUACAGGAAAAACAUGGGCUAGAAAACCAUCACUGUUGAGGUAGUCCUGGUUUAGAAGUACAACAAUAUAUUAGGAAGUCGUGAAGUCUUCUACUACAGUGUGAUCAACAGUGGCAUUAUUACUGCUGCCUGAGAGAGGGAUGGAGUAGCAAAAGAGGGAGUUCUGGAGCAGAGAUCACUCAGAGUGACAGGGCAGCUGAAAACCUGCCACCACUGCCUUCUCUGGCACCAUGCUGCAGCUCUGCAAAGCAAGCCUGCACCUAUUCAUCCUUUUGUUCCAGCUCAGCCUCAAUCCACAUUCCCAAAUGACAGGAAAAAUAAUAUUGCAAUUACAUAUUUGAAAGCCUAACCUGAAUAAAAGCAGCAGGGCAGGGAUGACAGCCCCAGGCCUUGAUCCUCCUUUAUCCACCCAGAUUUUUACAUCUGCUGACUUCAAAGGAGAUAGUCCUGAUUUACACAGAGGUAGGUACAAGCCCAUGAAUCUUCACUUUCCAAAGAGUCAAACCCGAGUGAAGCAGGAGACCCUGUGAGAAUAGCUCAGACUUCUCAGUAAAUCAUGUCUUUGGAGAAAGCACUUUAGCUGCUAGCAAAAUUGCAGUUUCUCAUGAGCUGUUUCCCAAGGCCAGCACAGGUGUGUUUUAAAAUGUCUAGUUCCUUUAAAAUGUAUGGCUCAGUAACAUUCUUCUUGGGUGAAUUGUUCAGGCAAUGCUUUGCUGUUUCCUUCAAGUGUGGGAACAAUUCUCUUAGCAGGUGCUGAGUUACUUUUGUAAAAUCUUGAGAUAAACAAGUUUUAUAUAAUGCUCUAGCAUAAGACUAUUGUUCUUGGACUUCCAUUUAAAAAGGGAUAAUAGCUAAAAAGUUUAGAUGUCUGUUUCCUUUAACUGUCCUAAUUUAUGUAGUUAUUUGAAUUCAUUUCCUCUAAAUGAAUAGCACCUCAUUUUUUGUUAAUGCACAUGGACAGAUAUUAAUUAGGAGUAUUCCUGAAAAUUAUGAACCCUUACAAUAGUUUAUAAUCGAACCUUUAAAAGGCAGCAAAUGGAGGCUUUGUGUUUUGUAUAGUCAUUGAACAGGAAAAAAACCAGCUAUAACUGUUUAGAUCACUGAAAGGUAACAAAUGAUGGCUAACUGUUACAUGACAGGAUUGGAAAAGUUUUCAUUAGCAAUUUUUUACUUCACUCUCAUUUUUAUUUUACUUGGAAAACAGACAAUUCCACUUGAAAAUGUUUCUCUGAUAUUCUUCUAUUUCUUCACCUUUCUCUCUGUUUUCAGUCUCAUUUUUAAUUUUUAAAUAUUAGAGAGGCAAGAAGUGUGAGUUUCAAAAAGUUUGCUUUAUUUUUUAUUUUCUUGAAAACUACCAUUUUCAAGAUGUGCACAAGAAAGGAAAUGAGAAGUCAAAAUACUAAUGCAAUAUGGCAACUUGAAUUUUGAGAAUAUUUCUGAAGCAUAAUUUAAAGAAGGAAUGCAGAUAAACCUGUCACUCUUCUACAAUUACUGAAUUAUUUGGUUUCAUUAUUCUGCGCUUAAUAGCAUUUCUCUCUAAUUAAAACAGCACUAGGAGACCUGAUUAAGGAGCACAAGCAGAGAGAUAGUAGAUUAUUUUAGGAUAACCCUGGAACCAGCUCUCUUUAAUAGCGGUAAUUUAUAUACUCAACCUCAUUAAUGUCAGCUUGGGGGUUUGGGGGUUCUCUUUUUUUUUUUUAUUAAAUUCUGUGUCCUCACUAACAGUAGUUCAUAGCCUAGAAGUAUGUGUCUCUCUUGGGAAGCAUAGAUUCCAAUCCCUUAUUCUAUUGGGAUUCUAUUCUCUUAUGGAAUAGCAAAAAAGUCCUCCCUGUGGCAGGUGUGAAGGUGGUGCCAACAUAGCAAGAGCAUCUCCCAGCAGCAGAGGAUUGUUUGAUCUAUAUUUCUGUCAUCUUAUUUAUGCAAGUAGUAGUGAUGGCCAGAGGAUAAAAUAAAUUCAUCCAGAUUUGUAGGUAUAGGAAGAUGUGAAAAACCUCUUUGUUGCAGUAGUAAUUACAACCAGUGGCACACACAACCCAGAACUAGAAGUUAGCAAAUUGAGAUUUGUGCCUUUAUACAAUCAGUCACAUAUCCUUUUCAUUUCUUCUAGUGACUGUGGCCUCUGUCUCAAUUUUUCUGUCAGUUUACAUCCACAUGCUCCUUGAACAUUUCUUAAAGUCAGUGGGGCUUUUUUACAUAUUAGGUUUUAGUCAAACAAACGUUUUUUUAAAACAAACUUUGCUGAUAUAAUGUCAGCAGAUUAUGGCAGAGAGUGGAGAUGAGGAACAAUUUAGGACCCAGAACAGGUUCAAAUUGAGUUCAGAACAGAAAAAUACUGGUUCUCUUCUAACAGUAUAGUCACAAAAUUGCUACAUUGCAUAUAUUUAGACAAACAGGGUUUGUUAUUAAGAAAGUGCCCUGAGUUAUGCUGUAAAUUCUAAAAGAUGCAAAAAUUGAGGAAAUUAGGAUAAAACUUUGAAUUACAUACACAAAAAGAGAAGGAAAAAUUUAUUUAUCCACUAUUCAAUAAUUCAUGUUUUCCUACUUCCUUCCAUGGGAGGGAUGAAAAAGGAAUGAUUUGUCUUCCAUUUUUAUGAAGUCACCACUCCGUAUUAACGUUACUUGGAAAUCUCUCAGGAUGAAGCAAUUUCAUAUGAACAAGCACAGCAUUCUCAAUAAUCUUGAAGUCUGCAUAAGCCAUUAGCCAGCUUUAAGGCUGGCAGUUACUCAUCCAGUUAUGAAUGCUUUCAUGUGUGUUUAACUGUGCCAGUAGAAACAUGUAGCAUUAAAAAAA